AAAACACAAAAGUGGGGCGAGACUUUUGGUCCCUACUGUAUGUGAAAACAGAAGGUGCUUGAGGUCUUGCACUAAGUAAAUUCCACUAAGUUGCGUUUUCUCUGAUCCUCUUGAUCAGCCUUAUGGUCCUGCUUCCUUUGGUUAUUUUUGCUAUACUGCGAAGGAGUAUGCUUUAAAUGCGGUGAAUUACGAUGCGAAAUGCGUUAGUUAGUAAAGGCACCUAAACGCAUUUGUUUCUGUUGCGUUCAAAUGCGUUUGGGAGACAUUAACGGGUCAAAACGCGCUUAACGUGAAUGCGUUCGAACGUCUUAGUCAUUUGAACGCGGCAAAAUGACUUUAUUUUCACAGCGGUUUAGCGCGUCAGUUUCGGAUGCAGCUAAACGCGUUUGAUUCUAACGUAUUUAAACGCAUUUAUCACCGAUUAACGCGUACAAACGCGUUUCAGUUGUAAGAAAACGCGUUCAGACACGUUUUUAGUGCAAAAAAACGCGUUUAGCAGUGCGUUUGGUCUAAAAAAAUGUCUGCCUGGAUAUCGCGACCUGCAUAAUAGCCAUGCGAAGGUCGAAUCUACAUAUGCUUCUCGGUACAGGCAAUACUACUUCUGCUACAGGUUCCCUAGAUCAAUAUGACGGAUCUAAACAGCGGCUUUCUAAAGGUGCUUUUUUUAGCGACUUUUACUACUUUGCCAGUCCGAAAAGAACUAUUAACAGCUCAAAACAUUUUUGGGAAUCUCCCCAGUUCUAAUGCCUCUACCUACCAUAAAUAUAUGAACCAAAAAUUCGGCUAUCGGUUGAGCAGGCAGCGGAAGCGUUCAGUAUCAAAUUGCAUAACAGUAAGCAGAGCAAUGCAGGGUUCAUCAGCAGAUAACGUUAUUAAGAGUUUAGGAUGGUUAACAUUUUCUCAGUUUUUAUAUAUAAACUGAAUGUGUAUUUUCUACAAGACUUUCAUGGGUCUAAUAUGUAAUCAUCGGUUUUUGAACUACACGGCUCCUAAUAUUCAUUAUGGUUGAGAUCAAACAAUACUAAUCGGCUUUAUUACAGAUAAAAGUAGUUUCUUUAAUAACUCAUUUUUUCUGACUAUCGUUAAAGAGCAGAAUACUCAUUCUCUCGACUGUAAAGACACAACUUUGCGUCAGGAUGCAGCCUAUGAAACUUCGGGACAAAAAUUAGUCAAUCAUCUGCUCGAUUCUAGCUUUACUAUUGCAUCGUCAGCGAACAGAAUAAUAGUAACAAUCUAUUGUAGACCAAAAAUAGAUUUCUUAGCUUUGCGGGCACAUUUAAAGAUAUAUAAACUUGUUGAUGAUAACAUCUGUCAGCAAUGUUCUGAUGUGAGUUGACGACCCAAAGUACUUUUUCUUUGAGUGUGCAGCUAAUAGUCGGGCUAGAUUGACCUGUGUCACUACUUUGGGAAAAUCAGAUGUUAAAAAUUGACCUAAACACGCUUUAAUUACGAUCAAACUUUGAGGAGAAAAGUAAAGGGAGGUGGAUAAGACCGUUUCCGUCCCAAAUAUUUUUGAAAAAAGAAUUACAUAUUAAGAGUCAGCGUCAAAUUGUUCAUGGAAAGGCGUAUUUGAUUCAUUCAAAACCCGAGUUCCAUUUUUUUCGAAAACUUUUCGCUUCGAUGACACUUUUGGAACUUUUUUAUCGAUAAUAUUCAUAUCAAACAGCUUUCUCAGGUAUUUCUCUAAUUUUGUUCCUUUCUCGUUUAAUUCUAUUCGACUUCUAUUCGUCGAACGGUUUGCAUGGUGAAACCUCAUUCAUUUUCAAUAAAUCAUCGGAUUAAUCCGUAAUCACAAUCGCAUUUCCUUUAUCAGCUUUACACAUAUACAAAUGUUCAUUUUCCAAACCCAAAUCCGUCCUUCUCCUAUUUAUUUCUUUUCUUUUCUUUUUCUUCCACUCUAGCGCAAACAAUAACUGGCACAUCAUGCUCACCAUACGUCUAUAAUACAAGUAUAAAUGCAACAACAACAAUUUCGACUGGCUUGUAUUCAUAUGGUGUUACUGUAGACGGUGCUAACAAUAUUUAUGUAUCAGAUUCCAACGAUCGUAUUCUUAAAUAUUCAUCGAGUAAUUCAAAUGCGACCAUUGUUGCACCUUCAUCUACAACACCGGGAGCAACUGGCUCUCAACUUGGAUCUCCGCUGGCUAUAUUUUCAAAUCUAAAUGGUGAUUUAUAUAUUUCGGAUACAAAUUCUUACUGUGCGGGUGCCUGUUGGUAUUCGUCCAAUAAUUAUCGCAUUCAGAAAUGGAUUAAUGGAGAUAAUUGGGGUACUACAGUCGCUGGUGGAUAUGGACUAGGAACAGCUCUGAAUCAAAUUGGCAUUUGCUAUGGUAUAUUUGUAGAUAUCAGCGGUAACCUGUAUGUAUCCGACUACACUAAUCAUCGCGUAACCAAGUGGCCACCCUACUCUACCAGUGGAAUAGUUGUAGCUGGCAACAAUGGUAGUGGAAGUAAUGCUACACAACUGAGUAAUCCCCAAGGUGUAUUUGUGGACGGAGCGGGAAAUCUUUUUGUGGCUGAUACUGGCAAUAAUCGUGUGCAAAGAUUUGCUCCGGGAUCCACCUCUGGUGUAACAGUUGCAGGCGGGAACGGAGCAGGACCAUAUCCCACUCAGUUGAAUCAACCGACAUCAGUUUAUGUGGAUAGUAAUGGAAAUGUAUUUGUAUUAGAUUCACAAAAUCAGCGAAUUCAACAAUGGUCGCCAAAUGUUGAUUAUGGUGUGACUGUUUUCGACGGUUCCACUGGUGUUUUUGGUAUGAAUGCACGAGCAAUGACCAUGGACUCAAUGGGUAAUAUAUACAUCGCAGAUACACAAGGACAGCGAAUCCAAAAACUUCCGAUCAUAUCGACCGGUAUAUGUGGUAAGUAUAUCUAA